AUGUCCUUCCUCGGGCUCCUGAGCUACGUUUCGCUGCUGGUGCAGAUAUGCUUCGUAACCGUCUCGAUAGCCGCCGGUCUGUACUACCUAGCCGAGCUAGUCGAGGAAUACACGGUCAUCGCGAAGAAAGUCAUCAGCUGGAUGGUAGCGGUGACUGCCUCACUUUAUGUGAUAUUUAUCUUUACGGAAAACUUCUCCUGGACCAUGCUGCUCUGUGGCCUCGGGGCACAGCUACUACACGGGCUCAUCCUUACCGAUUUCCCGUACGUGCGGUUUCUUUCGCCAGCAUUCAUCAGCGCGGUGUUGCUGCUGAUUGCGAACCAUUACUUUGCCUUCGUCUACUUCCAGCAGCAGUACCAUUCGUUUGCCGAAGUACUGGCGUACUUUACGCUCUGUCUAUGGCUCGUCCCGUUCGCACUGUUUGUAUCACUUUCGGCCAACGAUAAUGUGCUGCCAACGAGCAACGAACGGACACAUUUACUCGGUGGUAAUGACGAUUUAGUAACGAAUUACUUUUCCAGUCGGAAAAAGAUGGGACUGCUUUCGUUGUUUAGCUACGCAAAGGAAAGCCUGUUGCCGCAGCGCAACAAGAAAGCAUUUUAAUCGGUGCCGGUAAACGUCGGUAGACGUGU